AUGGGUUUUCUUUCGACUUUUCAAGUUCGUGCAACAAAGGAAACACAAAAUGAUACACCUACAACAACAACACCACCAAUCCUUGUGGAUAUGCCUUCAAAACCAGUUAAUUUUGUCUUUAAUAAGCCUACCGAUGAACCUGAAAAGAGCGAGGAUAAUUUAGUGGAAAAGGAUUCAAGUGAAGGAUCAUCUGCUUUGGAAGGAACCUCUAGUGUAAAGGAAACAAAAGGAGGCUUUUCUUUCACUACACCAGUCACAACAAAACCCAAUUUUGGUGGAACUAGUAGCAGUGGAGGUUUUGCAUUUAAUCCUGGUAGUGGAAGUUCUUCAUCUUCGGGUUUUAACCCAGGACAAACAUCACUUGGAACUGGUUCUGUACCUUUUUCAUUCGGAGCAUUGGCGAGUACUAAAACUAGUGAAACUACUAAUACAUCAACAGAACAACCAAAAGAUACAUUUGAUUCAUCAAAAGGAUUUACUUUUGGAACAACAACUACUGGCAAUACUGAACCAAAACCAUUUUCAUUUGGACAAACAAAGGAACAAGAAAAACCAAAGGAAUCAAUUGGAGGAUUUAAUCCUGGAGCUAGUCAAGUUUUAUCUUUUGGGUUCAACCCUGGAAGCGGAUCUUCCAGUUCUAAUACUGGCUUUAAUCCAGGUAAUACUUCAUUAGGAAAAGGUGCUGUUCCAUUUUCAUUUGGAAAACUUGCAACAAACAACGAUGAUGAUAGUAGCAGUAGCGAUGAGAGUAGCUCAGAGCCAGCAUCAGUACCAAAGCCAUUUUCCUUGGGUUCAACUACAGAAAAGGAGGCUGCUAAAUCCAAUACCGGAAACACUCUUUCAUUUGGAUUUACACAAGAAGAAUCUACAACAAAACCAUUUUCAUUCAAUUUUGGAUCAAGUACAACUACAGAGCCUACAACUGGUUCAUUCAAUUUUGCAAAACCUUCAGAACCUGAAAAGCCAAAAGAAUCAGUUGGUGGAUUUAAUCCUGGAACUGGUCAAGUUUUAUCUUUUGGAUUUAAUCCUGGAAGUGGCUCUUCAUCCAGUUCUAGUACUGGCUUUAAUCCAGGUAAUACAUCAUUGGGAAAAGGAGCUGUUCCAUUUUCAUUUGGAAAGCUUGCAACAAACAACGAUGAUGAUAGUAGCAGUAGCGAUGAGAGUAGUUCAGAACCAGUGCCAACCAAAGCACCAACCUCCUUUUCGUUUGGAAAUACUUCAAGCGAACCACAAUCCUUCCCUUCAUUUGGAUUCAAUAACAAAUCUGAAACCACUGCUCCAGUCAUUAACUUCCCAAUGAAUCCUCAAAUUUCCAAAACCUAUGAAGAUAUGGAAGAUGAUGAACAACCAAUAACAUCAAUCACCUCCACACCUAAGGCAGUAAGAAGCAAAAAACCACCAAACACAGUGUCAUAUGUUAAAGCUGGCUCAAAGUUUGAUUUUAAAAAGAAGGUUGAUGAAGAAGAUUUACUCGAUAACGAUCCAUUGGUUUUAGAAGAAGACAAGUUUGCGAUGAAUAGGCCAGCAUUUCAAUCAAAACCAAGCCAAGUUGUAGACUUGAACAGAACAGCACCAAUCCAGGGCUCUGUUCCUUUCAAUAAUGACUCUUUUGAAUCAAGCACUAAUGGAGUAUCACCAUUUGCCAAAUAUUUGGAAAAGACAACAGAUCAUAACGACACUAUAUUCAGUAUUUCGAACAGUCCUUUGAACGCUAAAUCACCACCAACACAAUCAGUUUAUCAAAGAUCAAUCCUUUCUAAUAAUACAGCUAUGGAGGAAGAUAACGACUCUUAUAAUCCUGAAUAUUUGGAAUUUACUCCAAACUCUAAUUCCUCUUUAUCUAAAGAAGAUUUAUGGUGGAAGAUUUUGCACGAAUCUGCAGAAAUGUUCCUUUAUAUGCAAGAUGCUUUCCUAGAGGACAAACUAGAUAAGAAUAUUUUGGAAAAAACUAUUUCCCAAUUCAAAUCAAUCAUCUACCAAGGUAUUGGGGAACUUAAACAAUUUGGUACCUAUUUUGAUAUAUUCUCUGCUGUUGAUAUAUUUUAUUUUAACAGAUUCUGCAGAGGAGGUUUACUUCAAAAACUUGUAAAAUGGUACAUUAGAAGUUCUGUCUGUUUCAGUAGGGAAAGUGAGUUAGAUCAAAAUCUUUACAGACUUUUGGUUAUUGGUGAGCAUUCAUCUAAAGUUGUUGAAGCUAUCAAGCAACAAAAGAGUGCAGAGUUAAAGACAAUGCCAAGGAAAUUACAUGAUUUAUAUACAGCAUUCUUGGAAAUUUUAUCUAAACGUCCUAAUGUAGUUAAUUACUCUUCGAUAUCAGCUACAUUCGAAGAAUAUCUUGAUGAAAUGCAAGUUUGGAAGAGGUUAGUCCUUAAGCUUAAAAAGGAAUUACAAGGUCAAGAUGAUGGAUCUGAUGAAUUUGCAUUCCUUAACACUUGCAUUGAAAUACUUAUUGGAAAUGAAAAUAUCAUCACAGAUGUCUCUGAAAACUGGAUUGAAAUUCUUAUUGGUUUGGCAUUAUAUAAGUAUCAACAUUUUGCUGAUAUCAAUGAAAUUAUUGAUUUGGCUGUUCAUGCCAAAAAUCUUAAAGAGGAUGAACCAAGUCUUGUUCUUGAAGCUAUUGGUUUGAUUGUUUUUGGUGAUAAUUUGGAGGACACGUUGAAGAAUAUUGAUCAAGGUUUGGCUUUAUCAAAUCAAAACCAAGAAUUUUUCAAAUACCACUGGUUCAUGUCACAUAUUGCUACUUUCUUCUACCAUAUCAAUUUCCUUUAUCAAAGGAUUUAUACUGCAACCAAUGCCAAUAGUUAUCUUGAAAGUUUGCAUAUUUUCAAAAACGAAGCAAUCAAAUUAUAUGUUAUUGAAGAGUUACUUCCUUAUUAUCAAAAAUUGAUUGAUACCAAUCCAUGCGAAAACUUGGAAAACGAUCUUUGGAAGAUUGCUGUUGAUUAUCUUUCUUAUUAUGAUGACGAAUCUCAAAAGCAAAUUCAAGAUAUUAUUACCAAUAUUAUUUUGAAUAUUCAUAUUACAAACGAAAAUCAAAUUGAUAAGAUUUACAGAUAUGUUAAGGAUACACCAUUUGCUAAGACUGUUUGCGGUAAACUUCACUUGAAAUUAGGACUGGCAUAUAUUGCUGAACAUAAUUUUGCUGCUGGUAUUUAUCAUGUUUACAAAUCAGGUAAUAUGGAUGAACUGGAAGAUGUGAUAAGAGACAAGAUAAGCACAACUCAAAACUUGAGAUAUGUGCAUUAUGGUCUUGAGGAAUAUUCUUUCAUGAUUGAAAUGCCAGAAAUUCAAUGGAUCUCUUCCUUCUUUAAGAUACUCGAUAAUUGUGAAGCUAAUGCCCACUUGUUACCUUCCACUCUCUCCGAAAUUCCCAACUCUGAACUUAAAAUGGAAUUAUUAAUGUCCAUCAAUUUGACAUUACUUCAGUACACUGAAUUACUUUCAGUAAUGGAACAUGUUGAAUAUAUGGAAUUUGAGUUCAAAGAAAAUAUAAGCAACGACACUCAAACAAAGCUGUUAACACUUUCUGAAUUGAGACUUUUAUUGGCUCAAACACUUCAAAUAAAGAUUUUGCAAUAAGUUUGUACA